UAGAGAAGUAAAGCUAAUCAAGGAUAUUCAAGCUCAACAAAGAGGUUGGACAGUAAAAGUGGUGGUUAUUGAGAAAGCAAUGCCACGAGUUUCUAAAUCAAGUCCAAACAAAUAUCAAAGGUUAAUCUUAGCUGAUGAAGAAGUAAGUUUGUUUUGAUAAUAUAUUUAUUUUGUAUAAUUUGUUUCAUAUAUAACUCAAUUUUAAGUCUCUUGUUUUUCUUAUACAGGGUAAUAAGAUCCAAGCCACAAUAUAUGGUGGAGACAUCCACAUCUUCUGAGACACACUCAUAAUUGGGAAAAAUUAUUAUAUUUCUAAUGCUUGGGUUAAAGAAAUUGGUGCACAAUAUCAGAUUGUUCAAAAUAAUUUGCAAUGGACUAUAAAUGGUCGAACCAUUGUGGAAGAAGUGACUGGAGAUUCAGAGAUAAUUGUGCCUGCUGUUUACAACUUUGUUCCGUUCUCACGACUACACACUUAUAUUGAUUCUCUAUCCCACGUCGAUGUGAUUGGAAUAGCGAUUGAAAUCAAGCCAAAAAAGGAGAUAAUCACGAAUGAUGGCUUAGAGAUUGUCCAAGAGAUGACUUUGAUGAAUGAUAAUAUGGAUACUGUGAUGCUCACCAUGUGGAACCAAUUUGUGAACAAUGAAUGUACUCAAAUUUUGAAUAUUAUGAAUAGAAAACCAAUCAUAAUUGGAUGUCGACUAAAAGUUAGCUCAUAUAAUGGUAUCUCGCUUUCAACCAAAUCCUCCAGUUCAUUUGUUAUUGAACUGGAGAUACCACAAGCAGCUGCUUUAUCAAUUUGGUAUAAUGCUAAUGCUGAAAAAGCCAUGGACAUAAUAUGUGGAAGGAUUGGUCUUGAGACAAAGUCACUGUCUACACUUCCUUCUGCUGAGGACAUCAUUACCAUUAAGAUGAUAGAUAAUCAACUUAAUACGGUAAAUUUCUUGACUAUUAUUUUGUUUAUAAUUAUUAACAACUAUAAUAUUAAGAUAUGUUUGUACUUUUCAUUAUGUAAACAGAGGAGAAGCUUUUGGAUUAAUGGUCACAUCAAAGUGACAAAUUUGAUUCAACCUUUUUGGUACUUAAGCUGUGAAAAAUGCAUAAAAGCAACUGGAUAUGAAUUUGAACAGAGGUUUAACUGCUUGUAUUGCAGACAUGAUCAAGUUAAAGCUAUGCCAAGGUGCCGAGUCAUUGUUGAUUUGAUAGAUGAGUCUUCAUCAUUGAGUGCUACAUUCUUCGGAAAUCAAGCUGAAAAAUUUCUUGGUUGCACUGCAUAUGAGUUGAUGAAUAAAUCUAAUGGGGUAACAUAA